AUGUCGAAGGACGCCGCCGGGGGCGAGUCUGCCGGAGAGUUGUUGCUCCGCGCGGCAGCGAUGGUGCCCGCAGAGCGCUACGUCCUCACGGCUCUCGCCAUCGUGUUGGCCAUCCUCUACCGCUUCCUUGAGCUCCAUCUCAUCAGCGACAUCCUCCACGGCUUCCGAGGCCAGUGCGUCAAGCUCACCUUCCGGGACUCUCUCACUGAUCGAUACCAUCUUAUUAUCGCCUACAAGUGUCCCUCCCUCCAUGGCAGGUAUAUAGCCACGCCGUGGCUUGCGAGCCCACAUUUGCAGACACUGUUUGUGAGCAUAUUCGGAAUACCGCCUUCAUUCACAUACAAGAGAGAGUUGUACACAGCUCGCGAUGGUGGAACCAUUGCUUUGGAUUGGCUGCUGGCUUCUGAUUCGGAAGAUAUAGAUGGUUGCAUUUAUAACGAUGCUUCAACACCCCUUGCAGUUGUGCUUCCUGGACAAAAUAGUGAUUCUGCUUCUGCUUAUAUGAAACACUUAGUUUAUUCCAUGGCAAAUAAAGGGUGGAAUGUGGUUGUAAGCAACCACAGGGGUCUUGGUGGCGUGCCCAUUACUUCAGAUUGCUUGUACAAUGGUGGAUGGACAGAAGAUAUCCGUGAAGUCAUUAAGUACCUGCAUCUCAAAUACCCAAACACUCCACUGUUCUGUGUUGGUACGUGCCAAUAUUCUGGUGAAGAAGGUGAAAAUACUUCAGUGGCUGGUGCAGUGUCUAUUUGCUCUCCAUGGGAUCCGGUGGUUUGUGAUAGAUUUAUUUGCCGCAACCUUGUGCAACGAUGUUAUGACAGAGCCCUUACUAUGUCUGAAAGGCUAUGCAAAAUUGUAAGUAUCCAUUCCCCUUCCUCACGUUGGUGCUAUAUUGAUGUGAUUCUAAUUACUUGAUUGUCAAUUGUUAUGUGCCAUACA